AAUCAAAACAAAGCAAAUUGUUAUUAUGAACGAACGCGUUGCUGCCGGGGAGCACUCUGUCUAAAGAGAGCCUUCUGGACUACCGACAUGAAAUGUUCAUACUCAUAGACUUUUCUUCAUCCUAAGCUUAUUCAUUCAAAACAAAAUGACUGAGCAGUCAAGAAACGCUUGGAUCAGUAAAGAUGAUCCCAAAUUGGUGUCCUCUCGUCAAAAGGACAUAUUUGAGGACAUCUUGGAAGAUCGCAAAAAUGGACGUGACAUUGGCUAUGUUUUGAGGACUCGCGAUGUCCCUACGUUUAAAUUAAACAAGAAGCGAACGCCUUCUGAGGUUAAGACCCAUGUCAUGGCCAGCGACCGGGUGCAGUUUGCAAUUGAGCAGGCUUGCAUAGAAACUAAAUUGCCCCGAGAGGAGGUGACCGCAGAAGCCCUGUCAAUACUUGAUGAGAUGGCCCACAACCAAAGCAUGACAGCCAUCAGAGGUUUCGCCUUCUUCUUGAUGAAGAUUUUCAAGUCGUUGUACAGACGAAUCUACGUCAAUGCUGAUGGCAUUCAGAAGGUGCGAGACAUGGUCAAAGAGUAUCCCAUUCUGCUCAUGCCCACCCACCGCAGCUACAUGGAUUUCCUCCUUAUGUCAUAUGUCUUCUACCAUUAUGACCUGCCGCUGCCUGUUAUUGCAGCUGCUAUGGACUUUAUGGGCAUGAAAGGUGUUGGAUGGUUGCUGAGGAACAGUGGAGCGUUCUACAUCCGGCGUAGCUUUGGUGACGACCAUUUGUAUUGGGCAGUGUUUACUGAGUACGUGCAGUCACAGAUCUGCAACGGAGAUGCUCCCAUAGAGUUUUACGUAGAGGGGACACGGAGCAGGACAUCCAAGUCGUACACCCCAAAGUUUGGUAUGUUGUCGGCUGCCCUGGAGCCUUAUUUCAAGUCCCACAUCCCAGACAUCAUGGUGGUUCCCUGCAGCAUCAGCUACGACAGGAUCUUGGAAGAAAGUCUGUACGCGUAUGAACUUCUGGGAGUGCCAAAGCCGAAAGAGUCCACUUCUGGUUUGUUGAAAGCCAGAAAAAUCUUGGAUGAAGAUUUCGGAAAUGUCCAUAUCAACUUUGGAGAGCCCAUCUCCAUUCGCAAAUACACUGAGGGUUUUGUUGAUAGAAGCCUGCACAACUUGGCUCCCAGGUACAUGGCCAGCCUGACCCACCAGGAGCAGGACAUCAUCAAGAAGCUGGCCCACCAGAUGGUGCUGACCCACCAGAAACACAUGGUGGUCUCCCCCUGGGCCAUGAUGGCCAUGGUGCUGAUGCAGUCCCAGGAGGGCAUCACGCUCCGACAGCUGGCACGCGAGGUGGACUGGCUCAAGCGACAGGCGGCCAAUCUGGGAGCCUACAUUGACUGGCCAGCGAGUGAAUCUGCCGAAAGCAUUUUGAGAGAGAAUCUGAGGCUGCACAGCAACAUUGUGAAGGUCACCGGCGAGGAUGUGGUGGAACUGGUACAGGUGGCGCCACCAGCCCAUGCUAAGGCAACAGACGCCCUCAUGAUCACAGCUGGUCAGCAUCUGAUGCUCUCCCUGUACAGAAAUCAUAUCCUGCAUGUGUUUGUGCGGCCUGCCAUGAUCGCAAUCUCGGUCAACUCUAGCUGCCAGGAGCGACUCUCAAUGAAUGAGCUGUUUACCAAAUACUCAUUUUUGGAACAACUACUGUGCAGAGAUUUUGUCUUCAUCCCUGGAAACACCAGAAGUGACUUUGAGAUGGCUCUUCUCACGUUGACGCACAUGUGUGGUGUGGUGAUGGACAAAGAUGAGCUGUUGGUGGCACAGUCGGUCAACAAGCACACCACCUUCUACAGCCACAUCUUUGAACCAUUCCUCCUGGGCUACUGGAUCCUGUGCCAGUACCUGUUGUCCAACCACCCCAAGGUGGGCGGGAAGCCUCUGGCCAAGACACAGAAGACUCUGGUCAAGGAGGCACAGAUGCUGACCGCCAGGCUCAUCCAGGAGGGAGUGGUCAAACAUUACGAGAUGCUCUCCCUGGACAUGAUGAACAAUGGCCUGCACGCCCUCUUCCACAUGGGGGGUGUCUGUAAGGAGAGAAGGGACGGCGUUGCCUACAUGUACCCAAACACGAGACGGCUUUCUAAUAUCACAGAUCAGCUGGGUCAGUUUAUUGACGUUCCUCCCCUGCCUUCAGUGAGCAUCAACCUUCACUCUAAGACAGUCACGGUCAAUGCCAAGUUGUGAUGUGGCUGGGUUAUUUAUAUAUUUUACAAUUGCUACUCCCUGACUUGUUUUCUCGUUUUAAAGGUGUUUCUGUGGGGCUGUUGUGGAGGAUUGAUGAUGGACAGAGAAGAAGAGAGAGGGAAGGAGGAAGAGAGAGAGUGGAAGGAAGGAAGAAGGAGAAAGGGAGGGCAGGAGAGAGAGAGAGAAA